AUGUCGUCAGUCUCGCUUGUCCCUCGAGUGGAGCAGGACAUUAAGGCGAGCAUGGAUAGCCUGCAGCUGAACUUCGGUUUGGACGCCAAGGUGGUCGCAGAAGUGCUCGGCACUGGGAUCCGCCACCUCGAGGAGUUUCGCUUCUUAUUCGAGAACGAGGCGGCGAUAGGUACCUGGGUGGGGAAGUUGGGGCUAGGGGACGCCACUAUGUUGCAGACCGCCCGCCUCCGUAGGGCGUGGAAGGCAACAUGCACAUACUACACCCAGGCGGAGCAAGACCGCUCUAAGGUUGCCUUGGCCGACCUCGACUCGAUGUUGGCGGACUCCGAACUUCGCACGCUGAAGGAAGCCUUUUGGAUUCGCUACAAGUUGCGCUUUCCUGCCGAAGUGCAACCCUCCGACGCAACAGUCUCCCGCAUCUCUCGGGAACUUUCCAAAAGGAUGCUUUGUAUAUAUGACGUAUGGCGAGUGCGAUCCCUACAAUUCCAGUUAGGCACCUCACAAAAGCGGCGCAAGCUGGCUGAUGGCCUCUACACCGACGAGCCCGAAGUCGACGAGGUCGUCGCUCGGGAUGUGGACACAUAUCUUCACAAGCUCCACACGCUUAUGAUCGCAUACGCGCUCAACGGGGUGCAGGUGAUCGCGGGAGUGGACCCGGCGGGAGAGAAGGCGCUGGGCGCCAACUCUUGCCAGUUCGUCGAGGUGCCUUUGGAUUGUGUGCUGGCAUACUACUACCGGGCCCGUAAGGCCGCCAUGCAAGUCGCUCCCGCGCAGCGGCUAAGCUGGCUUCAGCAUCGGGAUGCCGAGGAGCGAGCUGAGUGGGUCUCGCGGUUCCGGGAGGGGACCCGGACGCUUGGAGCAGUUAUUAAAGAGGUUAUGGAAGCACGUGACGCCCACUGGUUGGCGCCAGCGCUGCCGGAGGGAGGGCCAGUCGCUCCGAAGCCCCAGCCAGUGAUCGCUGAGCCAACCAAGUCCUUGUUCGUCCCGGGACCCAUGGUGGGAGGCAAGCCCACAGCUCGUGUGAUGAAAGAUGGCACCAAGCUUUGCGGUGACUACCAGAAAGGGUCCUGCAAGCACGCACCUCCGUGCCCGAAUGGGGCCCAUCGCUGCGCCGUGGUUCUCCGGGCCGAGCGCGUCUGUGGUGCGCCCAACCAUGGGGCAGCGAAGUGCAAGGCCAAGGCGAAAGCGAGGACAGUGGGGGAUGCUGAGCCCGGGGUCGCGGACUCCCCCUUCGCAGGGGAGUUGACCCCUUGCCUGGUGAUGCUUCACCGCGAAGACAUCAUUCUGGGCCGUGCUUUUCAGUGCUGCGGUUGGACAGUCUUGGCUGCCGAUCGCUUGACCCAAGAGGCCGAUUGCAUUUGGACGGGGCUGGCCGGGCCUCCGCCUAUCUCGCCGGACUCCUUCGAGCAGCUGUUGCAAGGCUGUGCCUCCAGGGGGGCUGCCGUUGUUCAGGAGGGGGUUCCUCCAGAAACAGGCUCGGCCAGCAGUCCUUCAGCAGUUUGGCUCGAUCUCUGGUACGAUUCCUGCGUUUUUCUCGAUGUGCACAGGCAUACUAGGCUCCUUCGACACAACGUGGCCGAGAUCCAGCAAUGGCCUUCGGUUCGGUGCCACCACCGCCACCUGCCUCAGGGGAGUGACUCCUGGGGGGAGGGGUCGCGAGAGUCUCCGCCCAUUCCCACGGCCUGCUUCGCCUUUUCCGUGGCAGUCUCCCUGAGCUGGUGGGCUGCUAGGUGUGGCCGAGCGAAGCUCCGGGUCCAUCAAUGGCCGUUGGUGGAGCCGGUGGGUCGGCGCGAGCAUUGGGUGGACGUUGACCCCCGAUCGCGCGCCGACUGGGCAGUGGAGCCUAUGGCUGUAUUCUUGGGCCUGCGCCCACACGAUCCGGGAAUGGACCGCCUGGUCGGCCGGCCCAGCAAAGAGGAAGGCAUAUCAGAGGAGUUCAAGGAGCGAGCCAAGCAGCAGCUACGCCGCAUGCAAGCACUCGGACUGGAUGUGUUCGUUUCGGAUUCUGGCGAGAUCUUCUCUCAAGAGGACUUGAAGCAGCUUCUUGGAAUCAAGUAG